ACAAGUAGAAUUCACAAUCCGACUACAAUUCUUCUCCAAAAUGCUGCCAUGACCGAUAACCCCUCCCCCGCCCUCGCCCUACAACAAGUCGCCUACAACACCAUCACUGCUUUCUUUAAUGCACACAAAGAUCGCCUUACGGAAAUCAUUGUCCUUCCCCCAGCCAUAGAACCGGAAGAUGGCAUUUCUAUGCAAGAUGGGAUCAAUCUGGGCGUCCCCAAAAAGAUCCUCGCCCUAGCCUUCCUCGAAGCACGUGCACGCUUCUUCCAGGGUGUGAAGGAGAACAGAGUGCUGUCUGAUGACGCCUUCGAAGCAACCCACACCAUCCUACUAUUCGACCCAGAGCACCUCACAGCCGCCAAUCACCGCAAACGCCGCCUCCUCCACGCCCAAAGACUCCACAAGACUAAUCCAUCAUUCCACCACCUCCUCCACCGCGAGCUCGUCUACACAACCACAAUUCUAACAUCUCCACUCCACCGCCAAUCCAAAUCCCCAACCCUCUACAAUCACCGCUACUGGCUACUCACCACGUUUCUCCUUCCAUCACCGCCCAGCACAUCACUGUUCCCAUCUGCAGCCGCGUACCCCUCUCCCGACGACAGCGAAGAAGAGCAUCUCGAAGAAGCCUCGACUAUCCAUGAAUCAAACCCUGCCAAAGACCCCGAGUUCCCCUCAAACCUAUCAAUCCUCAUCCUCCGCGAACUCACCGUCGUGCUAAAAUCCGGCCAUCGCCAUCCAAAGAAUUACUACGCAUUCAACUACGCGAGAAAGCUCUUCGACCAUGUCCUCUCUCAUCACCAUCGCAUCCUCCCGCAAAAACAACCUCAAGGAUCCCAUCAAGAUGUGACCUCUCCGCCAGACCCACCAACCACGGCAACAACGACGGGGACAGGAAACACGGUGUUGAAGGACGGGAAGGAGGAGGUUUGUCCCACGAUCAUCACCACCGUCACUGCCGCUCUCCCGAUCGUCGCGAAAUGGUGCACACACACCACGCACGCUGCUGAUAUCUCCGGAUACUCAUUCCUACUCUACCUCCUGUGUCUACGAACUUCUCUUGUCCGAAAUCAUGUUUCGGAUGCUCCCGAGUCUUCCAUCAUCCACACAUCUAGCGACGAUCCCACUACUGCCGUUCGCGAGAAAGCAGAGGACGUGAAUACGAGUACUAUACUGUAUAUCCUAGAUACAGUAGUCAAGAUCCGUCUCUCGACGCUUGCGCCGUAUCUUUUCCUCCGCGAGAGCGUGGCCGAUGGUGCGGUUUUGGGGGGUGGAGGGGAUGUCGCGGGGGUUUUGAGGGAGAGGGUUGGAAAGGAGGUUAGUGGGGUUCCACUAGAGGGAGCGGGUGGUGUAGUAGUAGAAGAAGAAGGAAGCAAGAGUGGAGAUGGAAAAGUCUCGUUUGAAGAUCGAAUUAAAGUCUUGGGGGAGUGGCUUGAUGAGGAUAUAUGUAAGGACAGACAGACAGCACUAGGAGCAAGAGACGCAUGAUAAGCGCCGACCACGCUCAAUUCAAUAUCACCAGAAAUAUGCUUAAAUCUAGUAGUUUAAUACUACAAGUAGUAUUAGCAUAAACGACUUAUAGCAGUAAGGGAUUGUGUAAUGGGCGCACGGGCUUUAUUAUCUGACUUUCACGUUCUCAGGAGAGGGUGGGAUCGUGGAGCUCUUGAAGUUAUCAUCAUAAUCAACCCCGGAGCGAGGCAGGACUUGAAAAAGACGCGGUUUUUUGUGAUGUUACAUUUAUGUAAAACAAUAUAUACGGACAUAACAUACUCGUACAGAUGCGGUUGUAGUCCUAUCCCCUCUUCUAGCGUUCGUCUAUCCUUUACAUGGUCGUAUGCGUAUCACGAGAAGAUCACCUCCCUCUUCGCGGCCAAUUGAUGAUACAGGAAACUGUAGCAAUGAUUUCGUCUUCCAAGUAAAGCCUUCGCGGUUCUUCCAUUUUUUCUCCUUCUUGAAACCACCUCCC